GCAGAGGUGGAUGGCGGACGAGGGGAUACGGGACACAAGAGCGCCCGUGGGUGGCCAGCGAUAGCGGAUGGACGACGGAGAGAGGGAUGAGAUUCAGGACGCCCUCGAUGAGGAGGAGGGCCGUGAGGGUGGGAUCGGGAAGGCGGGGGUGGCACACGAGACUGACGAGGCAGUCGGACAGCCUGACCUGCCAGGGGAGGAGGCGGUGAUAACGUCGAGAGGUGUUGGUCGAGCGGGUCCCGCUCCUAGGGUGUUGCGACCUGAGUUGGAGCGCGCAAGGAGGGAGAAGAGGGAAGUGGGGGAGGCUGACGUCGAGGUGCGAGACACGGGCAGCGAGAAGAGGGCUCGGCAGACGACGAUUGAGGAGAUGUACGACAAGGAGAAGUUGGUCGAGUUCACAGACGCGUGGCUGUUGUGGAUCUAUGAGAAGGGGUUGCCAUUCAACGCCUUCCGUGGUCUAGAGUUCCAGAGGGUGCGGCACACGGGAGAGAGAGUGCCUCGCACUAUCCAGUUCCGGUUUCCCUCCUACAGGGUUACAGCGGGCGUGGGGAUCCCUUCGCAGAGGGCGAAGGUGGCGACGAUGGUGAGCGAGGUGCGUGCCGCUUUCCGGCACACCGGUGCCACCAUCCUCUCCGACGGGAGGAAGUCGCGCAGCGGCAAGCCGCUCGUGAACUUCCUCGUCGGGGGCGCCAAUGGCGCCCUGCUUUACGCCACCGUCGCACGUGACGGGUCGGUCUGAGAUACAGCGGACAUCGUGUACCGUAGGUGGCGGGCCAUCAUCUUGUCCUUUCCUUCAAAGGACGUGAUCGGCUUCUGCACAAACUCCGCCAGUAACAAUA